GUGAACUUUUUUGUUUUUAUCAAUAAAAUAAUGAAAAAACACAAAGAAAACUUAUUUGCUGAGAAGUUCCACUUGCUAAGCAGUCAGCAAUCUGAAGAUAUAACUUGGUCGUCCAGCGAGUCGAGUGAUUUCGAGACAAAUCCACCGAACGUCGACAAACUUUGUAACAUUACUAAUAGGAAAAGCAUUAAACGAAAACGUAAGCAAACAGUGCCAAAGAAUAUCUCUAACUUAGAUGUAACCAUCGUAGAUGUGAAUAAAGAUGCUAAAAGACCAUCAAUCAAAGUUGAAAUUGAGGAUCCCUUAUUCAAAAGUGAAAAUGAAAUUUCGGGUGCCAAAUCGCCAAUUUUAGGAUCUACCCAAUAUUUCCCGCCUUAUCAAUGCAAGAAUAUCGAUACCUCUCCCAUUAUCACGACAAAAUCAUUUGAAAACCGGUCAAAAGUGAUAACAAGUCCAAUUUUAGUCUUGAAGGCAGCAUCGCCGAAAAUAUCCCCAAAUGUACGCAAGAAAUUAUUUGAGAAUAAGAAAAACAUCUCCGAGAAUACCGCAGACAUACAUAAAAGUAAAUUGUUAACUUCAAGUAAUAAUAACUAUUGUUUAGACCGAAGAAAAGUACUCGAUGAAGAAUUCAACAACAAUUACAACAAAGUUACCAAACAGAAAAAAGACAUUAUAAAAUCUGAAAUAAAUCACUGUAAAGAAGAAAAUAGUGAACUUCAAUCAAUAAAAUGUGAAUUAUCAAGUCAAAAAAGUGUAAAAUUUGAUAAUACAGAUGAAAUUGAGAUUUUAGAAACACAGCAGAGCAGUAAUUUUGAAAACACACCAAGAAAACUUAAUUUGGAUGAAAGUGUAUCAAUGUUGAAGACUUCAAGCACAGAACUAGCUAAAAAAGUUGAAAGCUACUUCGAUUGUCAUUUUAGUUCGGAGAAUGCAUCUCAAAACACAAUCAGUGAAGUAUCAACUCCGAAAAACAACUCAAGAAGUAGCGACGACAUCGAAAUACUAACCAUAACGACUCAAGUAGUAUCAAAAAGUAGUAUGGAGUCUAUGAAGCCAGAGAUAGAAGUAACCACAAAUAAAAAAGAAAAAAAGAUUCGCUACAAAAAGGAUGGUCUAGCCUACAGGUUGAACUCUUUAGUGAAAAAGCAAGCGGCCAGUAUUUCUCUCUGGCAUCAUGAGAAGUUUUUGGCGGCAAAUUCAAAUUUUUUCAUUCCAAAAGGAGAGUUUCUUGGGUUUAGGAUUUGCAAGAUUCAUUUCAAAUAUGGCUGCUACCUACUUGAGGCUAUGGACACAAAUGAUGAUAAUUUUAUGAUUUUUAUCAAUAAAUGCCACAUGACAAGUGAAACAAUUUCUGAAGAUAGCAUCCUGAAGCUGUAUGAACCAUAUAAAAUGUUAAGUUUUAAUAAUAACUGUAAAUAUGUGAUCAAUGUUGUUAAGUUUGAAUUUGUAAAUAUUAAGAAAUAAUAUCUUCUGACUGUUGUAUAGAAAAUAAAUGA